AAGCAAUCUCCCAACUCAUCUCUGAUACGGUAUGUACUGGUAUGUACGGUCCGUCAGCAAUUCGAUACAUGCGCGUGUAUUACCAGCGAGCGUUGCUGAGCGUUGCCGCAUUCCAAUGGAGGUGAAGAAUUCUAUGAUGACCGAAGAAAUUUAACGUUGCUAUUGCUGGUAAUAUAAUUGACCGACAUGGCUCAUUUGGUGCUAGUAAAAAUUUUGAACUCACAGAUAUCACCAGAGGAAGUGAUAGAUUGGCUAACAGAUAUAACAGAGGAUACAAAAUGGGCUGAAAUUAAUAAUGCCAAAUGCACACGAACUGAGUUUAUUCUAUACUUUCUUAACUUCCUAAGGGAUCAGUGCGUCGGUGUACUGCAAGUAUCGAGUGUUACACAAAUACCCAAGGCUAAGAAGAUAGUAUUGUUAACCGAUGGUACCUCUGAUGAUACUUCUGAUAAAUUAAAAGAUUCUCAGAAACAAGUGCCUUUAAUUCAUCAUUGUGAGCAAAAAAUAUUCAAACGUGAAAACACUGUAAAAGAUACAAAGAAAGAAAAGUUGGAAAACCAGGCAGAAGGUGUAACUUUAAAUAUUCAAGGAAACGUUUCUCCCAAGUAUUACACUGGCAACUUGACGAGUAAAAAUUUGAAAAGUCCGUCCCAUAAUUCAAAUAGUCAGAAUAGCAGUACUAAAGAACAUCAGAAGCAUAAUUUAUGUAACAGACCAUUAGAAUCUUCUGUUAAUGUUGUUGGUAUUUCUAAAUCUAGCAAUGGAUUAUCACUUUCUGUUAAUGCAGUCACGAGUACUCCAGUAAUAAAAAAAAGUAAUCGUUCAACAGAACAUUUAUCAAAAAAGACUGCAGAAUUAAGUGCAACUUCGUGCUUUUCCGAAAAUAAACAAGAAGGUAUUAAGAGUUCUAAUAAAUUAUCGAAUGACGACGAAAGUAACCUUUUGAUAGAUAUUUCAGAAUAUGACAGUUGCCAUAAAGAAUUUUUAGAUACGAAAAGUGCGGCCAGUACUUUUAAUGACUUUGACCUUUCCAGUUAUAGUACAAAUCAAUCGGGUAUCAUUAAUUGCUCAUCCAUAAAUGGAAACAAAGAUUGGUGUAAUAAUUCUGACUCUUCUUCAAUGUCAAUAAAUGCUAGUCGAAAUACCAGUAAGGAACAACUCAAUUCAAGUGCACCCUCGAGAUUCAAAAAUUCAGUAAAGGAUGAUAAUUCUAAUGAUUCAUCGCUUAUGUCGAGCGAUUCAAAUCAAAAUCCAAGCACUCCAUUGCGCUCCAGUCGCCCAGCCUCAUCUAAAAGCAAUAAAAAGUUGUACAGUAGGUGUUCGGAAGGGCAACGAAGUUUAAAUAAUAGUCCCCAACAAACUACAUUUGGAACCCCUGCACGACACUCAAAUAGUUCAAAAAAAUAUGUAAAAGUAACACCAAAACAACAUCUCAGCCUUGGAGAUUUUAUCAGUGUAGACUCACAUUCGAAGAAGAGUAGCUCCAAGAAAAGUAAUGCCAGAAUGGAAUUGUUAAGGCAAAAUGAUGGGGAAAAUCAGAUGCCCAAUAACUUGUACGUAACGGACGAAACUUUCCCAGAAGUGGGAAAAACAAGUAAUCGAAGGAGAAGAAUCAAUCCAACCAGGUUGGAUAUCUCAGAUGGAAAAGGAAACAAAGAAAACGUUACGUUUGGAAUCAUAAGCAGACCUUCAACAGUGAAUCCACAAUUUCUGGAGGCAUUGGCAAGUGACAAGUUAUCAGAUAAGAUCUCGUUUGAAGAGGAAAGAUGCUUGUUACGAUUGGAACGUCAAAAACAACCAAAAAAUGUUUUACCGAACGAAAAUAAUAAUCGUGAUACUUUAUGCCAGGUGAUGCCUAAAUUUUCUAGCAAACGAAAAUCAUCAGUUUCUUUAGAAGUACCUAAUUUGGAGUUAGUUGAUAAUGUAAAGAUCUUAAAUUUAUUGGUAAAACUUUACUGUGGAUUUAUCAGCAAUGGAUUCGUAGCAAAUCCCAUGAGUGAAUUGUAUUUUAUAAUUUCACUCAUUACUGCACAGUUUACUGUUCGGAGCAAUCCGAAUCCAAUUUAUUCUAAAAAAGAGAUAACUCAAAAUAUGAAAGAAGAAGAGAAAAGUAUAGCGGAAAUGUCUAACGAAAAGAGUACUUUAUCAAUAAAUUGUAGUGCAAGCCAUUCUGUAUUCGGUACAGAUAAAUUGGAGGCCACACCUGCAAAUGAUUCUAAUGAUUCGGAGUUAAAAUUAUGUUCACCGAUUAAAAUUUUGAGAAAGAGUAAUGAUGAGAGGAAAUCGCUUGAUCCACUUUCAGAUCCAGACCUUGGAUGUGCUGUUUUAAAAUCUGAUUGUAUUGAACCCAUUGAUCUAGAAGUGUCUGCGAUAAACAAUAUGAAAUCACAAUUAAUAGAAGCAAAUGAGAAUAUAGAGAAAUUAUCUUUAGAUAGUCAAAGUAUGAUUAACAUGAACAAAAAUGCCUCUGAUAUUAGCAGUACGAAUUAUAUUGAAGAAAAGAACGUGGAUAAUCAUACGAAGAAACGCUACUUAAGAACGAUACAUAAUUGUGCUUAUUUUUCGACAAAUGUUUUGAACAAUCAAAGAACUUUAUUGAACAUUUUGGAUAGAACUACACUGAAACUUCUUUUGGAGAACAAUAUAAUUGGUGUUUUUAAACCAGAACUGAAAGAAUAUGUAAACAAAUUGUAUGAUACGAAGCUAUCGGUAUCAAUUAAAGUUAAGGAACCUUAUAAUUUCAGCAUUUUAGAAAAGAAUGUAUGUUUUCAAAAAGACACCGACAAUCGUGAUAAUUUUCCAUCAGAGACGGCUUUCCAUACCUUCCGAAGGCAACGCGAUAUGUUUUAUCAAAUUUUAAAAAUCUGGGAGGAAAAUCAUUUAAAAGAAGGUUGGACAUUUUCAGUAAGCCUUGGAGCAAAAAUUAAAUCAUUAUUAACAGUACAUAAUGAUGCAGUGAAUUAUUUUCACUUUGCAAGAUUAUUUAAGUCCCAGCUUUUAACAUCUGGCAUUCAAAAUGGUCAUCAGGAGGAUGGUAUGGACGAUGAAAGUUUAGAUUUUCUGAAGUCCCUGAAACAUUUAAAUCCAGAGAAAUUAACUCAAUUGCGAGAGAGAUUAGUCACACCGAUGUCUUCGAAAGGUCCCGUUCCACGUCCGUCCUUUCCGGGAGUUCAAGAAUUCUUUAAAGACUUCAUUUUACACGCAUUCAACCCAAUAUUUUAUGUGCAUUUGGAAAAUUGUUUAGUGCACGAGAUUAUUGAGCUCAAUGAUACUCAAUUUGCGGAAAGUGAUAUCGCGGACACAGAAACAAUGGUCGACGAAGGGACGAAACAAACCUACAUUACUUGUUUAUCGUCUCUGAGACUCCUGGCAAAGAUGUUAGGUUUCCUUACGUCCUUGCCAUAUCGUUCGACUUCGGGUUCUCUAGAAGAAGGAAUGACGUCACAAAUUGAAGUACGAAGUCGAGUUUUACCUGCGCUGGAUCUGCAAUUUUGUCUACAAAAUGCUGUGUUGGAUGGAAAGUUCUCAUUAACGAUUCCCUGGGCGGUUAAAUAUUUAACUAUGAUGGACAGUGCCACAUUACAUUUACCAUAUUACAUGAAUAUUUUAGAAUUUCUCUAUCUCGUAUAUCGAGCUUGCAGCAAUUGCAAUGUGACUGAAUCUGGUGUUAUAUCCCAGCAAACAGCUCUGUUAGUUAAGUUUAGUCUCGGCUGGUUGUUCGAACAGCCAAACUUCCCGAAGGACCUUUAUUAUGCCUUCCAAUCAAAUCUUAAUCAUGACAAAAUGAAGUCAUUAUUUCAUCCGGAUAAGAAAGAAGUGCCGAGUCCAUUUUAUACUAGUGGUUUGACUUCCACGAGCAUCAGAAAUUGCACCGUGAACCUAGAUAAAUUAGAUAUCAUCGAUGACAGAGCAAUUUACAUAUGUUGUCCAUUUUUGUCCGAAGUGAAAAUAAUCUUAGCAUCAGGAAAUACGAGUAGUAGUAGUACUACAAUUAGGCACAUCACGCCAGUGUCUAGUCAACUUCCAAAAUCAAGCAGUAGUUCAAGCACGAAGCAUUUAGAGAUGCAAUUGGAAGAGGCCUUUUUCCGUGGCCAACCAACGUCUACUCGAAGGGUUGUCGAUUUUGUUGCGGAAAGAAUUGGGUCUACUUGUGUGAAACAUAUUUCCAACUCUCUGUUACCUCCUGCGAGAGAGAAAAGCCUGACUAAGUUUAGGGAAGUUGUAAAUAAGAAACGUAGUGAAAUACAGUCUGAACAGCUUGAUCAUCCGGACCUGCCUGAAAAGUUUGAACAAUUUGAUAAGCUUGAAUCAGAUGAGCCCGAGUCCGAUCAGCCUGAUGAACUUGAGCUUGAUCGGCCUGAACGAACUGAUGUGUCCGAGCAAUCUAAGCUGCUAAACAAGGAAAUCCAAGUGCUUCGGGGUGCGAUAUUAAAAGAAGGACAAGUCACGACGAUCGCAACAACUGUGGCGAAGGAAUUCAAAGAUCAGUGCGGGAAAAUGAUUCUUCCAAUUUGUAAAACCCGCGUGAAUAGGGCCAUUGAAGCUUUAUUGCCGGAAGAUACUUUAUUGCCUGUAAAGGAAAUUUGCGUUAAAAUAGUUACGAGAAUGGCGAUGGAACGUAUCAAUCAGUGGACUCAGUCUUACGUUGCUGGUGGUUCACUAUUUAUAAAAGAUAUGGAAGCAGAAUUGGGAAAAAUGGCUAAAAUGAAAAGUCCUGUCCAGUUCGAAGAAAGAGUCCACAACGUGAAUGCUGCAAGUCCUACUAGCGUUAUAGAUGAACUUAGGUCGUACAUUUGGGACAUGUUGGAAAACAAUGGACAAUCCUUAACUCUCGAGUCCAUCUCGUCCAUUUUAAAGAGAUUAUCUGAAAGUUUGGAAGAGAGGAUAGACUUACAGCCCGGACCUGAGAGAGUACUUUGUUUAUUAAGCAUCGACUUUGCUCUAUUCUUGGCUGCAUACAGGGUGGAUUUAUUUACAACAAAGAUACAAGAUCUGUUAAUAAAAGUAUGGAAAAUACAGUAUUUUAACGCCUCGGAGAUAGACUCGGCGCUGAGUAGAAUUUUCAGUCCUAGAAAUGUAAUGCUACUGGCGCAGUCGGGAAAUAAUAAAGUUUGGUCUGUAAUCGGGCAAUUUGUAAGACGGUUGUUAAAGGAACAUGUUUUAUUCAUUGAAACAUUGAGCAACCAGUGUGUAGCAUUGCUAAGGCAGGAAUGGCCGCAUUCGAUAUUAGAAAAUUUGUCAAAGUGCCUGGAUGAAGGAAUAAUGGAUUACGAAUCAUCUGAUGCAGAGGCGGGGAAGAUUAGAUGUUUGCUGCUUUGGAUAGCAGAUACAUAUCGAGAAAUGGAAUGUUGCAACGACUAAAUUACCUGAUUACCACAGGUAAAUGACGUACGUCCGAUGAAAGGUUUCUAUUAUUUUUUUGUACAUAUUUAGGUACCGAAUUACGACUUUUUUAUGGUAUUGGUGAAUUGUACAAUGCUAUGGUUCCAACAUAUUUUUACUACUGGUAAGACAACUUUCCACUGACGUUCAAGAGAUUUGCCACUUUUGUUCAGUUAAUGUACGUUUUCGUAAUUGUCACAAGAAUUGCACAGUCGUGCGCUGUAACGUUUGUAAUAAAUCACGUUUUGUUAUCACUUUUA